CGCACAGCCAAUCACAAGUGCCGGGGUGGGGCGGGGAUGGGGACGCGGACGCGGGGUAGCGCCCGGCGGAAAAUGUCGCGGUCGGGGCCGGCCUGGCCGCCGGCGGCCCUGGCAGACGAGCAGCCCGACAGCCUGGAGGGCUGGGUGCCGGUCCGCGAGGACCUCUUCGCCGCACCCGAGCGCCACCAGCUGCGCUUCCUCGUGGCCUGGAACGACGCGGAGGGCAAGUUCGCCGUGACCUGGCCGGCCCCCGCGGGCCCCGGCGAGGCGGCGCUGCAGGAGCUGUGCGCGCAGCUGGAACGCUACCUGCGCGAGGCGGCCGGCGGCUGCGGCGGGGCGGCGGUGCGCGCCGCGCUCUUCCCGGCCGACGGCGCCGAGGUCGACUGCGAGAGCCCGCGCGCCUUCCGGGAGCGCGCCCUGCGCGCGCGGUGCGCCGAGGCGGGCGCGCGCCUGCGCCAGGUUCUUCAAGGACAUGAAAAGGCUGACACCAUGGUAGCAUUGAUGCAAGUCUAUGGAGAGGAAGAUGAGGCAUACCAGGAGUUAGUGACUAUGGCGACCGCCUUCUUCCAGUAUUUACUGCAGCCGUUCAGGCAUAUGCGAGAAGUAGCGGCUUCAUGUAAGCUUGAUAUUCUGAAGUCCUUGGAGGAAGAUGAUCUGGGUCCUAAAAGGAUAGUCGCCUUGCAGAUGGAAGCCCAAGAAUGGACCAGUCGGGCCGAAGAAGCUGUUGUCUCUAUUCAAGAUAUUACAGUGAAUUAUUUUAAAGAAACAGUAGAAGCCUUAGCAGAAAUGCAGAAACAAAUGGAACAGGAUGAGAAGAGAUUUGGCCCAGCUGCCUGGGCCACGGCAAUUCCCAGGUUCGAAAAACUCAAGCUGAUGUUCGCCCAAGAGACGCUGCAGCUCAUGAGGGCCAAGGAGCUGUGUUUGAAUCACAAAAGAGCUGAAAUUCAGGGAAAGAUGGAAGAUCUUCCAGAACAAGAAAAAAAUAUAAAUGUUGUAGAUGAAUUAGAAAUACAAUAUUAUGAAGUUCAAUUAGAACUAUAUGAGGUUAAAUUCGAGAUAUUAAAAUAUGAAGAAAUACUGCUUACUACACAGUUGGACUCUAUUAAAAGACUUAUAAAAGAUAAGCAAGAUGAAGUUGUCUAUUACGAUCCGUGUGAAAGUCCAGAGGAACUUAAAGUCAUUGAUGCUGUGAUGGGGCUGCAGGAGGAGAAGAAUCUGGAGCUGAAAGAACUCAGCCGGCAGUGCCAGCGGCUGGAGUCUAGACGGGGCCGGAUCUGCGCCAGGAGAGCCCACCUCCGGAGCAGAAAGGAUCAAUGCAAAGAAAAUCAUCGCCUCAGAUUACAACAGGCCGAAGAAAGUAGAAAAUAUUUUCAUCAGCAUCAUAGUAUUCAGAUGAAAAGAAACAAGAUAAAAGAAGAGGAGCAGAAGAAAAAAGAAUGGAUACACCAAGAACGCCAAAAGACACUCCAACGAGUGAGGGCAUUUAAGGAGAGAUGUCCAGGUCAGUCUCUACAGAAGACCCCUUGCUCAGAAUCUGCGGCUCCAAACCUGCCAGGUGGACGUUCCCAGCAGACAGCCUCACCGCCGUCUCGGAGGACGGUGGUAACUCAUCAGUCCUGUAGGAAAACCAGACGUGCUCCCACGUCUAACGUUAGCAAUGUGAAAGCCCCCGACCGUCAGGACUGCCCUGGAAAUAGCCCUGUCCAGGUCUUUGUUCCAGUUGGUGACCGAACACACUCCAAAUCCAGUGAGGAACUGUCACCCCUGCCACAACCUCCCCCUCCACCACCGCCGCCACCACCGCCGCCCCCACCACCCCCACCGCCCCUCCCACCUGGGUCCUUUUCUUCUCAAUCUGCAACUCGUCCGAAUUUACACUUCGGGACUUCAGUAAAAGAUGACCGGCCACUUCCGCUAGUGUGUGAAUCGCCUGCUGAAAGACCACGUGAUUCCUCAGACAGUUUUCAGUGCCCAGGCUCUAUGGAUGAGGUGCUGGCCUCCUUACGGCAGGGCAGAAGCCCCCUCCAGAAAGCGGAAGCGCCUGCCUUGCCCCCUCCCCGUGCCUCAGUCAAUGAACAGCUUCUGGCUGCCAUCCGGCAAGGGGUCAAACUGAAGAAGGUCCACCCUGACCGUGGCCUGAGCCCCAGCAGGAAGCCGACCAGCGACCUGGAGAGGAGCAUCCAGGCGGCGCUCCAGAGGAUCAAGAGAGUGUCUGCUGACUCCGAGCAGGAGGAGGAGGAGGAAGACGAGGAGGAGGACAGGGAGGAGCAGAGCCCCGGCGAGUGGGACCAUUAAGCUGUCCCCAAGGCCAGAGGCACCAUGCAGUGUUCCGCAUGGAGCGGUGUGGGCCCCAGGCCUGUUCCUGAAAAGCACGUGUAGGUGCUGGUAGACUGGCCGCAGGACCCCCAACAGGUCAGCAGGGCUUGGGCUGUGACGCUGCAGCUCUUACUUAAUGUCCUGGCUCUUAAAACCAGAGACUGUAGUUGGGAUCUAAGGACACACAGACAGUAUUGCUGGCGUAAGAGAAGAGUAUUUAUUUUUCACAUGGAUAAUCUAGAACCAUUCCCUUAUUCUAAAAAAUGGCUUCAGUGCUAUGGUAAACAGCACUAUUAAGGCUACUGACCGUGUCCUCCUGUGUCGGGGGGGUCGUGGUGUCCUCAGAGUUAAAGGUUUGAAUGUGAACAUUUUAGCAAUAAUCAGAAUAAAUUGCUUAUAUUCAGGAAUUGUUUUAAAUAUUUUAAAUACAAUUUAAGUAUCAAGCACUGUAUAAACUCAUAAUAAAGGACUAUUUAUAAUGCA